AUGACCUCCAAAGCCGUAUAUCUUUUCUGUGCUCAAGUUUUUCUUGUUCAGUCAAUUUCUGGAUUCUGCAUAAAUGGUGCAUGGCCUAAUGGUGUCGCUGGAGACCUGGCUUGGGCUGGUCAGGGAUACGAAGUUCCAUUAAUGGCUGCCCCAUGUGCAGGACCCGGACCUUUCUUGGGGGCAUACGAUCUUGCAGCUAUCCCUUCAUCAUACGGUGGUGGAUUUGUCAUCUCCAGUGCAUCACCUGUCCAACCUUACGGUGUAUCUUUGAUGUCAGAAAACGCAAUCGAUGGUAUCCUAGUGGUUGGUGGUGAGCUACCAUUCCUGGGUACCGUUGGUCUGGAAGGUGCUUUACCUACUGCGGGAACUGGUACCAUUUCUUAUGGCUGCGGUAAUGGGAAUGUUGGCAUGAUAAGUGAAGAUGUCAUGCCUAUGGCUGCUGGUAUGGGAUGGGCUGCCGGUGCCUAUGCUCCUAUGGCAAACGGUUAUGGAUAUGCUAAUUGGGCUAGUCCAGCUGUUGAAUACGGUUGUGGUGCCAUUUAUUAA